UGAAGGUGUUAAUUUGUCUGGUGCUACAGGCGGUGUACGUCGCGAGUGUGAUAAGGAAAAGUGCUUUAAUGAACAAAUUAAUCAAUGUGAAACCAGUAGGCCCACCCGCAGUCAGAAAAUUCGUGCCCCUAACGGAGAUCCCCCCUCCCAUGGGCCCCCACGUCCACCCAGACGGACGCCGCCAUCUUGAAGACUGCACGCCGACGCCGUGGUCCCACAACGUCAUCGACGAAGCCACGGUCAAGAUCAUCGGGGACUACUAUGAUGACUUUAAUGAGAAGACCGUGGCUACGGUUAUUAUACCAGACCAUAUUGACGUAAAACAUUUCGAAGUGACGACCCAAGACCCGUACUUCACAGUCGGCACUAUAGACGCUUUAGGCUUCCACCCCACUAAGCCUCCCGCGCUGAACGACUGCGAGAAAAUCUACCAGGACCACAUAAACGAGCAGUACUCCGAUGGAACCAGCAGCGAUUACUCCGAGGAAUCACUCGAGAUGGCCAGAGUGCCAGUCGAUGCCUUGGACCCUCUGAAACCCACGAUGGAUGUCUACGACGACAAAAUUUACCAAGAUCCGGACCUAAUUAAUUAGGUUGGCUACUCUCUUGACGUGAAAUGAAAUGGUCUAUUCUAACUUAUGUAACGCACGUGGCUGA